AUCUACUGCAUAUGGAGUGGAGUCCGAAUGCGGCACUUGCUAUGUCAUUUCAUUUCCACUGCGUUUCACGUCAUUCUUCAACAGGGCGUAGUUCGACAAGUGUUUGGAUUAGUAAUCGUUCAUGUUGUGGGUGUUUAGUUUUUGUGUUUGUCCUUUUAUUUUUACUCGGUUUUAAAUGUUAUUUGUGCUCCCCAACGCUAAGUAGAAUUUUAAGUGUUUGUCCAAUCUCUGCGCCAACAUGUUGAGCGCAAAAACAUCAAUUUUAGUACGCAGUUAUACGUUGUUUAUGCUGCUGCUAGUUGUGGGUGUGUUCGCCCAAUUUGAGUGGCAGCAGCGCGAUGCCUUUGAUGAAAUCAAAUACAGAUUUGACAAAGUGAACGGCGACAAUUGUCCCAUACAACAUCUUAGCGAUCUUUACUUGCCAGAGGAUACAGUUUCCCACAAGCCGGACAUUAAAGAGAUCAACAUCAAUCCGAUAUUUCCAAAUCGCACGGCGCUGCUUCAUUUACAUAAUAUGGCUAUGAGCCGCAGCUUCUUUUGGAGUUAUAUACUGCAGUCACGUUUUAUACGCCCAGCCAUUAAUGACACCUAUGAUCCUGGCAUGAUGUAUUACUUUCUCUCCACUGUCGCUGACGUAUCAGCAAAUCCGUACAUAAACGCGUCAGCAAUUUAUUUUGCCCCAAACAGCUCCUACACGUCAUCCUACCGGGGCUUCUUCAAUAAAACAUUCCCACGUUUUGGACCGCGAACAUUCCGCUUGGAUGAUUUCAAUGAUCCAAUUCACUUGCAAAAAAUUUCCACUUGGAAUACAUUCGAUGUACGUGAUUUGGGGGCGCAUCCUCCAGAUACGAAAUCACAGGAUUAUACAUCAGACUUGUAUAAAAUAAAUGAGUGGUAUAAGACAUGGCUGCCAGACGAUGUAGAAGGUAGGCACGAUACCAAAACUACAUAUCAAGUUGAAAUACGCUACGCCAACAACACAAAUGAAACGUUUACAUUUCACGGUCCCCCCGGGGCCGAUGAAAGUCCAGGCCCAGUAAAAUGGACACGCCCUUAUUUUGAUUGUGGUCGUUCCAAUAAGUGGCUUGUCUCUGCUGUGGUGCCCAUUGCUGACAUUUACCCUCGACAUACGCAAUUCAGACACAUUGAAUAUCCCAAGUAUACUGCUAUUGCCGUACUGGAAAUGGAUUUUGAGCGUUUGGACAUAAACCAAUGUCCAAAGGGCGAGGGCAAUAAGGGGCCAAAUCACUUUGCCGACACUGCGCGUUGUAAAAAAGAAACUACCGAAUGCGAGCCGCUGCACGGUUGGGGCUUCCGGCGUGGCGGCUAUCAAUGUCGAUGUAGGCCCGGUUAUCGAUUGCCGAACGUUGUGAGGCGGCCGUACUUAGGUGAAAUUGUUGAACGUGCAUCAGCAGAACAAUAUUACAAUGAUUAUGAUUGCCUCAAAAUCGGAUGGGUGCAAAAAGUGCCUAUACAAUGGGAGCGUGUAUCAUACGACGUGCGUGAGAAAUAUUUAGAUUUACAUCCGGAAUAUCGCAAUUAUACUACCGGCUCCCGUGCUUUGCAUGCAGAACAUAUUAAUAUUGAUCAGACGCUCAAAUUCAUACAUGGCGUAAAUUAUCGCACGUGUAAGAAUUUCCAUCCCCAAGAUUUGAUAUUGCGAGGCGAUGUCAGUUAUGGAGCAAAAGAACAGUUUGAAAAUGAGGCUAAAAUGGCUGUCCGUUUGGCGAAUUUCAUUAGUGCAUUCUUGCAGAUUUCUGAUCCCAACGAGGUGUACACCGGCAAACGUGUGGCCGACAAACCGCUGACCGAAGAUCAAAUGAUCGGCGAGACACUGGCCAUUGUCUUGGGCGACACAAAGGUCUGGUCGGCUGCCAUGUUUUGGGAACGCAACAAAUUCACCAACCGCACCUAUUUUGCACCAUACGCAUACAAAACCGAAUUGAAUACACGCAAAUUUAAAGUCGAAGACUUAGCACGUCUGAACAAAACGCACGAAAUAUAUACGGAGAAGAAGUAUUUCAAGUUUUUGAAACAACGUUGGUCCGCCAACUUUGAUGACCUAGAAACGUUCUAUAUGAAAAUGAAGUUGCGUCACAACGAGACAGGUGAAUAUAUGCAAAAAUACGAACACUACCCGAAUUCGUAUCGUGCGGCAAACCUGAAGCACGGCUUUUGGACACAACCGCAAUUCGAUUGUGAUGGCUAUGUGAAGAAGUGGCUCGUGACCUAUGCGGCACCCUUUUUUGGCUGGGAUAGCCUUAAAGUGAAACUGGAAUUCAAGGGUGUGGUUGCCGUCUCGAUGGAUAUGUUGCAAUUGGACAUUAAUCAGUGCCCUGAUUGGUUCUUUGAACCCAACGCUUUCAAAAACACGCACAAAUGUGAUGACCGAACGUCAUAUUGUGUACCCAUUAUGGGUCGUGGCUACGAAACAGGUGGUUACAAAUGCGAAUGUUUACAAGGCUACGAAUACCCCUUCGAAGAUCCGAUCACCUACUACGACGGUCAACUGGUAGAAGCUGAAUACCAAAACAUCGUAGCCGAUCAGCAAUCACGUUACGAUACAUUCCACUGCCGUUUGGCUGGCGCGCCUGGAUUGCAAGCCGCCAUCUCGCUAAUCGUAUCACUGCUUGGGUUAACGUUAAUAUUAAUGUAUAAGUUCAGGUGAAGAAACUGUAGCACAUGUUGGGGCGGCGGCAGGGGUGACAUUUUACAAACAAGUGCCUGAAUCGCUCGUCACAGUAACAAACAAUCAAUACGUCCAUUUUGGUUUAAGUACUACAUAGUAUGUAAGUAAGAGUAUUUGAUAGCUAAAAAAGUGCAUAUAAGCAACCAUACAAUUAUCUCUUCUGCACAAGAAGUUUGAAUGCCAAGAUAUACAUCCAUACAUAAAUAUAUACAUAUGUAUAUACAUACAUAAGGAAAUACGUAUGUAGAAUAUUUUUAUAAGCUACCAAGAAUCUCAAAUAACAAAAAAAAACACACACACUGCAAAAACAUUCCUUCCGUUCAUCCUGCCAACAACAGUAUUUGCAAAUAAUAAGCGAAAUAUUUACUAGCAAAGGCUGCGGUAUGAGCAGCAGCAACGUCGCUAACAACAACAACAUCAAUAGCAAUACAAUGGGGAAACGUGAGGAGUGCUGAGAAACAGUGUCAUCAUUUAUCCAAGGCGAUUAAGUUGUAGACAUAAUCUAUUACAAUGCAUCUAGUUAUUUGUCAUUUGUUGUAUAGCACAGCAGCGAGAUGAGGAGCAGAAAGUAAUCGACAGGCAGCAAGCAGUGGUAGAAUUGCAGAAGAAAAGCGCAAACGUGCGUUAAGCAAGUAGCAACUUCAGCUUCGAAUUCCGCCUUCAGAGCUCAUAUUACCAUCAAUAGAAGGCACGAAAAUGCAAACGGGUAAAGCAUUUGAGAAACUACAAAAUUGGCAGAGUUCGCUGAGCGCAAAUUUAACAAAAAUACUUUGGCAUUGCAAAAGCGACAAAGUUCGCAAUAAAAGAAAACCUGUUCAAUCAAAAGCCAAAUAAACUAGCUUUCUUGUGUCUCUCUACCACACGCUUACUACAACAUCUCGCGACUAAUUCUCGCUUCUUCUUUUGAGCAGCUGAGCUCAAAGAGAGUACAUUAGAAACAUAAGCGUCUUGAAAGGGUUGAAAAUAUAUCCACUGUGCCGUGUCUCAAUUGAAAACUCUCAGUCUUUAUUUGGCCAUGCCAUUCAAAGCUGUGGUCGCAAAGUCUUAGACAUUCAGAGGCGAUCAAAGCUGAGUGUGCCCAUUGUUGUUGUUUUUGUUGUUGCUGUUGUUAGUGUUGGCUUGCUGUCAGCCUUACACCCUUCUUUCUAUGAACUGUCCACACAACGAGAUGCGCUUACUGGCAUGCCAAAUCGCCGGGUCGUCCAUGCGCAUGUCCGUCUGCGUGUAUGCCUUGUACCUUAGACGCUUUUUAAGGUGUGCGUGUGUGUUUUUUACAUAUACCCUCCUGUGCUGUCUGAUCCGCUGAUGUGUACUUUUUAUGCGCCUCUUUCCUUGUUUUUGUAUUUUUCAUUAUUUUUUGCAUGAAUUAAAAUUUUUUCAUAGUUGAUUAUCAAAUGUGCCUGAAUUUUUAUUAUCUUCAAUUGCACCCUGAGAACCUUUUUUCCUCUGCCGCCAGUAGUGGUGAUUAUGCCUAGCAAAAAAACCAGUUCAACACUUGGUCCGGCAAAAACGCCGUUACUUUUUUGAAUCGGCAAAAAAUAUAGCGCACAUAGCGUUUUUGAGUAACUUUGAUAUCAAAAAAUAUUUACGGAAGAAAAAAAAAAAACAGAGACGAUGCGCAUGAUUUAGGCUUCGCAGUCGUCCUUCGCAGUGGUCAAAGUUUUUGCAGCAAAAUAUUUUCACACAUUUUUCAUAUUUAGCGCUCGGUGAUUGACCACUAGAAGGAAGAGCGUCGUGUUCGCUGCCUAAUCGGCAGUCAGGGAGGGAGGCAAACAAGCAGGCAGGCAGCCAGACAGGCAGGACGGUGAUAGGUUUGCAUAGCAAAAGAGUGGUACCUCCUCCUGCUGCUUUUAUUUUUUAUUACACUCCAUUUUAUGAUUAGUUUUUGCACCGCUUUCUGCUAAGAUGCGCUUCGUGCUGUAUUGUAUUCGCGCCACCAACGUGCGGCGUAUGGCUCACAGCUGUGCGCUGCUUUGCAAUACGGACCAAUAUGAAGAUAAUAAUAAUAUCUGCACCAGUUUAUGUAGUUGCAGUUGUUGGCUUUGAUGAAAAAACGGUUAUUGAGUUUUUUAUGAACUUUAUUAGUCUUUUGUAUUUUUUUUAUAAUUGCAAAACUUAUGACCACAAGAAUGCUUCGUAAUACAAUAUUGCAUUUGGAAUACAUAUUCUUGUGCUAUUCAGUCGAUAUUUUUGCAAACAAAAAAACUUAACUCGUACAUACGAUUAAAUAGACUCCGUCCAGAAGAGAGAUACAAAAAGACAUGCAUAUGUAUGUAAUCUCGAAUAUCGAAUCAUAUAAACAAUUUUAUACAUUUACAGACAUAUUAUAUAGAAUUUUACACGUAUCAAUUAUGUGCCUUUUUGUUGUAAACCAUAACAGUUAGUAUAAGCUUUUUACUGACUCGAAGUUCAUGCAGUUAUGUAUGUACAUAUGUAAUAUUAAAAAUAUGCAUAAUUUAUUUAAGGGCCAGUUUUGAGUGAAAUUUCAUUUACCGACUUAAAACUGAAAAUAAAUUUAAUGCCUGAACCUGCUGUGUAAAAUUAAGUUCAGAAUGCUUAAGAAUUGGGGCCAUGAUAACCAGGAUCAGCUUUUUUACUUGAAUUACAUACACCCACAAACAAAAAAUAUGUGACAUUUUGUUAUAUUUUUUAAUAACAUCCUUUUAAAAUUACACUUUUUUGGAAUAUAUGUAUACUUUUACUCCCAAAAUUGAGCCUACAUAUCUUUUUUUGUUAAUAUUCCCAAUGUUUUACACGCUAAUUUUUUUUUGUUUAAUUUUGUACUUAAAUAUGGCUUAUAUUUUAGCAAACUCCAUUUAAAUCCAAGAAUGAUACUCCGUACAAAAAUUAAGAAAAAUCUACAAAGUAUCAGCAAAAUCGCGACCUUUUUAUAACGAAUUUCUAAACACAAAUCAGGUAUGCAGUUUUAAUUUUCAAAUUUUUUUAUAUGAAAGAAAUGCGUUGGACAGCCAGCAAAAAAAAUCUCUAAAACUUACGCGAAUUUUUAGACAUCUGAAUUUGCAUAUUAUUAAACUAAAAUUUAAUGGGCUAUAAAACUGCAUACCUAAAUUCUUUUUAGAAAUUCGUAAAGUUGGCCACUUGGCUAAAACUUUGCAGAUUUUUCUUAAUUUUUGUACACAGUCUGAUUCUUGGAUUUAAAUGGGAUUAAAAUAUAAGGCAUAUUUUAAAACAAAAUUGAGAAACAAAUUUUAGCAUGUAAAACAUUGCGAAUACUAACAAAAAAAAGAGCUGUACGUUCAAUUUUGGGGGUAACAGUACAUAUGUAUUUUUUUUUAAUAUUAAAUCAGAAUGUUAAAGAAAAAAUAUUUAUAUUCAUAUAUAACAUAAAGUCGACACUUAAGUACUUUGCAGCUUUUUGAAAUAAAUUUCAAUGGAAUAUCUGUUAGAAAAAGCUGAAACUAAUUUAAUAAUCGACUUAAGUUUGACCGAGAAUAUGGCCAAAUAUUAGGCUACUUUCGUUCUCAUGGUCUCAUCAGAAGUUUCACUGAAACACUUGCAAUUAAAAUGUUAUAAAUUAUAUGUUUACAAAAAAUCAUGUUCAACUUAUUUGUUUUAUAAUUGUACAACCAUUUUAUCAGAGCUUGAAAAUAUCGAAAAACGAUAUCUUUUGGACAAUAAAAAUAUUUGAAGUAAAUUAA